GCGCCGCGGCCGCCAUCGAGGCGGAAGCGGGAGAGCGACGUCACUCCCACAAUGCCCCGCACAAUGGGGCCGCCAGGGCCUGGGCCGGAGCCGCGCCUGGCGGGGCCCGGGGGAACGGGGUAGCUCUGAAGCUGGCACAGAUGGCUGGGCUCUUUCAGAGAGGAAGCAGCAACUACCUGGUGAAGGCAGCAGAGGCUCCUGGAACACGUGUGCAGCUCUGAAGCAGGAGGUGGAGAUGUUUUGCUAUUAAAAGAGUUUGGUCACAGAGGUAUCCAACAGGAAACUGCACUGGGACAACAUCACAGCAAGACACCCGCAGGCUCGAGUUCUGCUGGACAUGGCCAUGUUCUACUAGACCUGCCAUGACGGCAUUUUUUCCCAGUGUUCCCAACUGGAUUCAAGAUGCAAAGCAGGAGGAGGAAGAGACAGGCUGGAAAUUAGUCCCCAGACCAAGAGGUGAAGAGCCGGAGAGUCAGGGAAAAUGCCAAUGUGAAAUAUCAGAGGCCUCCUUCACGACCGUGGACAAGCUGAGAACUCACACGCUUCCUCACAGCGAGCAGAGGCCGUACAACUGCCCGCAGCUGCACUGUGGCAAAGCCUUUGCGUCCAAGUACAAGCUCUAUAGGCACAUGGCCACGCACUCUGCUCAGAAGCCCCAUCAGUGCAUGUACUGCGAGAAGAUGUUUCACCGGAAGGAUCACCUCCGGAACCACCUCCAGACCCACGACCCCAACAAGGAGGCUCUUCACUGCCCCGAGUGCGGCAAGAACUACAACACCAAGCUGGGCUUCAGGCGGCACCUGGCCAUGCACGCGGCGGCCAGCGGGGACCUCAGCUGCAAGGUGUGCCUCCAGACCUUUGAGAGCACCCAGGUCCUGCUGGAGCACCUCAAGGCGCAUUCGAGGCGGGCUUCUGGUGGAGCCAAGGAGAAGAAGCAUCCGUGUGACCACUGUGACAGGCGCUUCUACACCCGCAAGGACGUGCGGAGGCACUUGGUGGUGCACACGGGGCGGAAGGACUUCUUGUGCCAGUACUGUGCCCAGAGGUUUGGCAGGAAGGAUCAUCUCACCAGGCACAUGAAGAAAAGCCACUCCCAGGAACUGCUGAAGAUUAAGACGGAGCCAGUUGACAUGUUGGGUCUCCUGAGCUGUAGCUCCUCUGUUGCAGUGAAGGAGGAGCUGAGUCCUGUCCUGUGCAUGGCAUCCAGAGACAUGAUAGGUGGUAAGAGCUUCCCGGGCAUGCUGCCCGUGGGCAUGUACAGCACUCAUCUCCAAACCGUGCCGAGCUCAGGGAUGCCCCAUUCUUUGGUUCCUAACUCUCUUCCAAUGGGAGUGAGCUAUCCUCUUGAGUCGUCUUCCCCCAUCGCUUCCCCACCGCAACCUCCUCCAAAGUAUCAGCUUGGAUCUACCUCAUAUUUGCCUGAGAAACUACCCAAAGUAGAGGUGGACAGCUUCUUGUCAGACUUCCCUGGCAGCCUGUCUCUCUCAUCUGGUGAGCCUCAGUCCUCUUCGCCUCAGCCACCCCCUCUGGAUGAGGCUUUGCUUUCCAAGAGCCCUGCGAACCUUUCAGAGGCUCUCUGUGCUGCUAACAUGGACUUCUCUCAUCUUCUCGGCUUCCUCCCCUUAAAUCUUCCUCCUUGCAAUCCACCUGUGUCCUCAGGGGGAUUGGUCAUGGGCUACUCACAGGGGGAGACACAGCCACUGCUUACCACUUUGCAACACCAACCUCAAGAAUCUCCCGGAGCUGGGGCCUCACUGAACUUUGGGCCUCUUCAUUCACUGCCCCCUGUCUUCACCUCCAGCUUGAGCACAACCACGCUGCCACGUUUCCACCAGGCAUUCCAAUAAGCUGGAAACAGCACUGGAGAACAGAUCUUUCAGUCACCCUUCAGCGGAGAGCCUUAAAAACGCACAACUCUUACUCCCCUUUGGAGUGUGAAAGCUUGGCAAAGCUGUUUUCAGCGGGAGGCUUCUGAUCUCUGGAGGGAGCACUUGUAGACUGGAACAGGAGAUACCCCCCUGCGAGUCCCAGUCCUGUACAGUGAGAUUUCAGCUCAGAGACUGGAUCUAUUUGAUGUAAUGUUAAUCUGUGAAUCAGGAGCCGCGCUUAGCACUGACCUUCCCCUAGCCCCCGGAGCUGCCCGUGUUCCUCCUGGGGAAGGGACUGUCCCUGAGAAGGAGUUGAGACUCUUUCAUCAUGGGCUAAACGUCUGAAGAGUCCAGCUUCCAUUUCAUGUUCCCACACUGCAGUUCUGGCCCAAGAGCCGGCACCUCCACAUGGAGGAGGAGAAGCCAGGAUACCCGCCCUGUAUGAAGCCAUGGGGAAGAGGCCGACCUUCCCCUCUACCUCUCACCCAUCACCUAACAGCUUACUCCACCCAGCGCCGCUUAGUCCACAUCAGUGUUAAGCAACGAGACCGUUUACAUGGUGACUUCAGAGCCGUCACCUCAUUCUCCUCCACGGAGCCCUUAGGUUAAACUCAGCACAGCGCCAUUGUUUACACAACUCAGAUCUCUUCCUGCCAUGACAGAAAUAGGAGGCACCAGAAUACACCAGGAUUAUCCCUGGUGGAACUCGAACACUGUUUACACGACCAAGUCAGGUUGCACUGAUUUCUCUUCACUGCUCAUGUUCUUCCCCCAUGGGGAAACCCUCUGCUUCUGGACCACUGCAGCCCCUGCGCCGCCGCUUCCCGCGUGUCCCUCUGGCUGUCCACAUCUCGAGGGGAUGGAGCAGCGCUCGCAGCUGAGCUUGUUCGUGUGGGGUGUGGGUAGAGCCCUUGAAACCCCUCCCACAGGCAGACAGAUGGUGCAUCUGUUCUGGAAACCAAAGCUUGGGGGGGGGAAAGCUGGGGGCAUUGAGUACUGUCAGUGAGAACAGGCUGCAGGGCCCUGAGCCGCAGGGACCCACAAGAGGAAUAGCAGAGGAGGAGUUUCUACGUGGGCUUUUUACCACAGCAGUUCAGUGAGGUCAGACCCCUUUUGGCUUAUCCAUGAAGCCGUCUCGAGGUGUGAUUUACCUCAGUCCCAGGGUGAUAACGUCCAGGAAUCAGGAGGAAAAAUUGGUCCCAACUUCACAUACGCUCUGUCAGUGUAUUUGAAGCAUCCUCCCCAACACUAACACUCUAACAAAGGCUGAGGGUUUGGGCUGCAGUCAGCCACCCUCUCACUUAGGAUUUGGUUCCAUCAGCCUUUUGUUCUCUCCCUCCCCAGCCUUGCCUCCUGAAGUUAAAGCCCUGCUCCCUGCCCCUCCUCAUACCUUCUCCCACAGCCUGCCUACUGCCAAGACUUACACUGGGAAGUGCCAGCCCCACUGCUGGUGCCGUUCAGCAUCAUCUCCUGCUCUCAUUUCCCUGGGCACUGUUCCUGCAGAUGGUAACACACACAGGUCGAUCCCACUAUGUAUUAGUGCAAAUCUUCACACCUCGGCGUGGAGGAACCAUUGCAGGCCAACACAAACCAGGAAAUUGGUCAAUAUUGUUCUCUAUAAAUGUAGAAAAUGCAGAAUCUACCUCUACUGUGUCUCUCAGCUCCUCAGGUGAAGCUGAUGCUGCCCUCCCCAGAGAACACCCCUUCUCCCUGCCACCGAGCCCUCAGGGGGACGUUGGCCGUGCCUCGACUGCCCCUUGGCUUCUCCCCUUCUGCUCCAGAAUGUUCUUUUGAAUUUAGCUUAGUAACUGUUCCCAGAAUGACUCUUUAGUGAUCCACUGAUCUCCGGCCCUCCAGCAGGUGCGUUAGCUUAGCCAGCAAUGCUGCAAAUACUACUUUUGUAUCAAAAUGUAAUAUAAGAUUUAUUUACCUCAGCAAUAUCCUGUGGCAAUGAUCCCCCGAGUUAAAUGCAGUACUUCCUUCUCUCCACUGGAAAACGUUGCCUUUGAAGUUCAACGAGUGCCUUCUUGUUCUCUAACAGAAAAGGUAAAUGGGGCAUUUCAGCCAGUCUUCUGUUUACCACCACUGAAUACCUCAGGCCUGUCUCCUGUUGCUUUUCUCUUUGCAAAGUGAAGAGUCCCACACUGGUCCCAGGUAUAUGCAAACCUUCUGCCUGCCUCCAGGUGAGAGGAUGAGUAGUAGUUUUCUUUUGUAAAGUAAUAAAUGAUGAGAACUGAUCCCUUCCUGCAAGGGAGGAGUCCCAGAUUUAUGCAAUGCCACCACACACCUUCCCCUGUGUCCGGAACAUCCAGCCCGCUUGCUUGCUGCCUGCAUUGUACCUGACAGAUGUCAGCACUGGAAUUCCUUUAGCAGAGGUAGCUGAAUUAGAGCCAGGCAGCUUUUUCCUCCCAGUAGUCUGUCAAAGAAUAAACGGAUUUCAUUUUGCUAUUA